AUUGUUGUGGGUGCAGCGGGAAUGUUGUCUUUCAAUCCCAAAUCAGUCACAGUUUCUAUUGGGACCAUACUACGGUUCAACUUCCUUAGUCUCAACCAUACACUGACUCAAAGUUCUCUCGAUAACCCUUGUUCAAACAGCUCGCGUUUUGAUACUGGCUUCAACCAAUUUAAUCCGAAAAACAUAAGUGGGAAGUUUCUUAUUGAUUAUCCAGUCAACACUACAGAGCCUAAAUGGUUUUACUGUGCUCAGAAAAUCCCCAGGUCUCAUUGUGAAGCGGGUAUGGUUUUCAGCCUUAAUCCU